UAUAUAUUGCCAAUUUCUACUUUUUCAAAACUUGGAGGCCCAUACUUCAUUCCCAAUUAUUCAUAAUCUGAACCAAUCCCACCUUAUUUAAUUUCUUACAAUUUUUUUUUUUUUUCCUUCUUCUUCUUCAACUUAAUUUCUUGUUAUCUUUCUUUGAUUUCGAUGGAGGGAAACAGUAACAACAAUAAUCUUAUUGUUGAUGUUCCUUCCCAUUUUCUUUGCCCGAUCUCCUUACAACUAAUGAGAGAUCCAGUCAUAGUCUCAACCGGGAUAACAUACGAUCGGGAAAGCAUAGAGAAAUGGUUGUUCUCGUGCAAGAAAACAACUUGUCCAGUUACCAAACAGCCACUUUUCGACUCCGAUCUCACUCCAAACCACACACUUCGAAGACUCAUCCAAGCUUGGUGCACUCUCAAUGCUUCUAACGGAAUCGAAAGGAUUCCGACUCCGAAAUCACCAAUCGACAAAGCCCAGAUCGUCAAACUCCUCAACGAAGCCAACAACUAUCCGAGCAGGCACGUCCAAUGCUUGCUCAGGCUCAGAUCCAUCGCUUCUCAAAGCGAAAGAAACAAGAAUAUUUUAGAGGAAGCUGGAGCGAUAGAGUUCUUGGUCUCGUUGAUAAAGAAGAAGAAGAACGAUAAUUCAUCGAUAUCAGAAACAGCCAUUGAAGUCCUUUUCCAUCUCAAGAACUCAGAAGCUCGUUUCAGACAAGUCAUGAAGGAAGACAGCGAGAUCAUCGACUCAUUGGUGAGAGUAUUGAGAUGCGGGAACUACAAGUCGCGAGCUCAUGCAGCGGUUCUGUUGAAGUCGCUUUUAGAAGUUGCUGAUCCCAUCCAGCUGGUGAGUCUCGAAACCGAGUUGUUCAGAGAGGUUGUGAAUGUUGUGCGUGAUCAGAUAUCGCAAGCUGCAUCUAAAGCUGCUUUGAAGCUCCUUGUGGAAAUUUCUCCUUGGGGAAGGAACCGAAUCAAAGCUGUCGAAGCCGGUGCCGUUUUGAUCUUGAUCGAGCUUUUACUCGAAACGUUCGAGAAGAGAGCUUGUGAGCUCGUGUUAACGGCUUUGGACCAGCUCUGCGGCUGUGCUGAAGGUCGAGCCGAGCUGUUGAUGCACUCUGCUGGACUCGCUGUUGUGUCGAAGAAGAUACUUAGGGUUUCGCAUGUGGCGAGCGAGAAGGCUGUGAGGAUAUUAUCGUCCAUUUCUAGGUUCUCUGCGACUUCUAGGGUUCUUCAGGAAAUGUUGCAGGUGGGUGUUGUGGGAAAGUUGUGUUUGGUUAUUCAAGUGGAUAGUAGUUUGAAGACCAAAGACAAGGCUAAGGAGAUUCUUAAAUUGCACUCUAGGGUUUGGAAAAAUUCUACUUGUAUUCCUCCUCAUUUGUUGUCUUCAUAUCCAUCUUCUUAAUUAGAAUUUUUCCUUCUUCUUUUUUUUC